UAUGUUCCGAUCCUUGAUCAUUGAUCCCUUGAUACUAUUAAUUAAUACACUUAACUCCCAUCAGUCCCAUGUUCUGUGGUGGGUACUGGAACAAAAAAUACUGGCUAGUUAUUAUAUUAAAAUUAACGGACCUAAUUAAGGUUACACAAGUUUUUCUAAUAUAAAAAUGAUCUAAGUACGUUCCAUGACUGACACAUAAUUGUUUGUAAAAAAAUAAAAAAACAGACAAAAAUAUGGCAAAUGCACAAGAGUAUAUAAAUCAAAAGUACCCUACUAAAGAAAAAAGGGGGGAAAUAAAAAUCUUGCGUCUUGAACGAAAAGAUUUAGAAGGUCAUUUAGACUUAUCUGACUUCGUGAAUUUAGAAAAGUUAUAUUGUUCAGAAAAUGAACUUGUUGGUAUUGAUUUGUCACUUACUCAUCCCGAAAAAAUGACCUAUUUAGAUAUUGGCAAUAACAACUUCGCUCCUUCUGACUUAUCGCUUUUUAGUAAGUUUAUUAAUUUAAAAGUGUUGUCUAUAGGUGCUGAUAAGGAAGAAAAAGUAAAGCUAAAUAAAUAUAACCGGUUUUACGGAAGUUUGGAGCCUUUGAAGAGUUUAAAAUUGAAUACCUUAGAUAUUAGAGCUACUGACAUAAACGAGGGUCUAGAAUUUUUAUCGGAUUCUUUGGAUUCUAUUCUUUGUGAACCAGUUAGAGAUGAUGCCAAAGUGAAAACAAUCCAUGAAUUGACCAAACCUUAUUACAAUAGACUUUCAAACGCUUUCGACAUUAAAAAGUGUAAAGAUUAUUUUAUUACUCUUCUUCGGCGUAAAAUAACUGAGUUAGAAAAAGAAAGUGCCUGUUUGGAAAAGCAAUUGGAAGAAAUUAAGAAAUUAGGGGAAGAAGAACUAAAAAUACUUCAAGCCGAGUUAACUAAUAUAGGAGAAAAUUUACAAAAAGAAAUUAAAGAAAAAGAAAGAGUGAUAAAAGAAUUGGAAACUAACUUAACACGAGAAGAGAAAGACAACCAGAAAUUGAAAGAAUAUUUGGAAGAAGAAAAACACACUUUAGAGAAGUUGAAGGAAAAUUUAGAAGAAAUUCAAAAAAAUAGAGAUGAAUUACAAGAAGCAUACCGAAAAUUCAAGGAAGAACAAACUAAGGAAUUGAAUUUAAUUAAUGAGCAAUUACAAGAAGCGGGAAAAAAAAUAAAGGAAUUAGAGACAAAAGUAUUGGAAUCAGAAAGUAAAAAAGAAGAAUUAGAAGAAGCUAAAAAAAAAUUAGUAGAGGAUAGUGAGCAUUGGCAUGGACGAGUCAGUAGUUUAGAGAAAGAUUUAAAAAGAGCAGAAGAAGAAUUAAAGAAAAAAGAAAAGAUGUUAGAAUCACUUAUCGAUGGAACAAGAGAAAAAGAAGAUUUGCAACAAAAAAUAAAAGUUGAUAAAGUUAAGAUGAAUGCUAUUAAAGAUGAAAAGGAUAAAGCAGAAAGAGAGCUAAUAAUAACUAAUAAUGGUUUGCAGGAAAUUGAAAAACAAUUAGAUAAUUUAGCUAUUGAAGUAGACAGUAUUAUGAGAGAAAAGAAAAGCAAAAUAUUGGAAAAAGAACGAUUAAUUCGGCAAAAAAGUUGGUGGGAAAAAAAGCCUAUUACUUCAGCACUCAAAGUGGUUGGUUUUGGAAAAUGGGCAGAAAGAGCAAGAAAGAUAGAUUCGUUAGAAGAAGAAAUAGAAGACUUAUCUAGAGAUGAAGAGUCGAAGAAAGCUCAACUUGAAGUGAUUGGUAAGUCUGAGAAAAUAAUGAAAGGAAUUAGGAUAAUUAGUAUAGAAGAAGAAUUAGCAGAUGUCAAUAACAAAUUAGCAGAUGCCAAUGAAACAUUAGCAGAUGUCAAUAAAAAAUUAGCAGAUAAAAAUACUAAUUAUCAAAAACUAUACGAAGAAAAUGAAUCUCAAAAAAGCCAAAUAGAAAAUUUGUUAACUUACCAGAAAUAUGCAGAAAUUUCUUUACAGAUUAAGAAAGAAAAAAGUGAAUGUAAGUUGAGCAAACCUGCACAGAAAGCACUGGAAGAACUUUUUAACAAGGUUCAGGAUGAACAAAACGAAUUAGUAAAGGAUGUAAAAGAAAAAUCUUUUGAAGAUUGGGGAUUAGAAGAGGCAGAAAAAGAAAAAAUAAAUUCGUUUCUUGAUAAGUACACAGAGUUACUGAAGUUGGAAAAUGAGUUAAUUGAUAAACAGCAAACUUAAAUCCAAAUCCCUCCUAAAUAACCCAGGUGAACACAAAAGCUCCCCUUAUCUAAUAAGCACUUUUAAGAAGAGCAAAAUCAGAGAUUUUGUCUUUACCUCCAAAUUUACUUAUC